CAAAGGAUGAAAGCCAAAUGGCAAUCCAGAGUGCUCCAACCAAGAUUUCCGACAGGAUACCUUCACUCCGUCUAGUGGCGCUCAACACCCCUCUAACAGGUGACAUGAAUGGGAUUGCCGGUGUUGACCUGCAGUGCUAUCGACAGUCCCAGGAGGCAAAGCUACAGGGGACCUUCAGGGCUUUCCUGUCCUCAUCCACUCAGAGCCUUUUCUCAAUUGUGAAGAGAACUGACAGGGGCCUACCUAUUGUCAACCUUAAGGGCCAACUAUUGGCAAAGAGCUGGAAUGCUCUCUUCACUAGAGAUGGCACUUCACACUUCAAUUCUAUGAGGUUCCCAAUCUACACUUUCAAUGAGCACAAUGUCAUGACGGAUUCUACAUGGACACACAAGGCAGCCUGGCAUGGUGUUAAACUACGAGGAGACCAUUCACCAAACCAAUACUGUCAAGAUUGGCGAUCAGCAUCCAGCUUCUCAGAAGGCUUUGGCUCACCUCCAGCUGCAGGCAAAUUCCUCACAAAGGACAAAUGGAGCUGCUCGGAUUCCCUGAUUGUCUUGUGCGUGGAAAAUACCUUCUGAUGUGUAUGGAUGGAGAAGACAGCACCAGAUGGUCAAAGGACACUGGAAGAAUCUCUGUGGUGCAAAUUGAAUAAAAGAGUAACCAUGCACUAAGACUGUCAAAUGGAAUACUCUGAUACUCAUCUCUCCACAUCAUCUAAGGAAAAGAAGUUUGUGAAGUGAGCUAGUUAUGUGUUGUCUGAGUCACAGCUACUUUCCUGCUGUGCGGAAGUGGAACCUCAUAGAGGCCAGGUGUAAAACAGUGCUAUUUAUCUCUUUGGCCUCAGCACGAGGUAGAUCUCCUCUUGUAAAAAAGAUGCAAACAUUUACAUGUGUAUGGGUGCAUGUGCAUCUUGUUCUUUGUAUGGCAAAAGGGGGGGAAAGAUGUAGCAGGUACAGAAAUAUUAAUGGGAUGUUGAGGGUCCUAUAUAAUGAAAACCCACCUCUAACAGUGAAAUUGUGUCGUCCAAA